CCCUGCGCGCAUUGUCGCGCACCUCGUGCAGUCGCGCAGUCGCGAGUCGCGCACAUUGCACAUCACAUUACGAUUCCGCCGAACCCGCGCAAACUGCGCUAUUAUUUAUUUUUUAAUUUUUCAAGCUUUUAUGUUUCAGGUGGAUUUUAUGAAAUGAAUCAAGUAAAAAUAUUCGAACAAAAUGAGCAUAUUAUAUUCAGUUAGAUUAGUCACCUUGGAUUCUUGUAUGUGUGUACCUAUUGAAGGUUUGGAUGUUAUGUACUCUGAAUUCAGGGGUGCUUCUGUAAAUCAAGUUCCAAUUUUGAGGUUAUAUGGAUCAAUUCCUACAGGUGAAAAAAUAUGUGUUCACAUACAUGGAGUCUUCCCAUAUUUUUACAUUCCUUAUGAGGGUGGCCAGGAUGCAAGCAGUUUGAUGUACAAAAUUGCUGCCAGUAUUGACAAAGCUGUAAAUAUAUCUUUGAAUCAAGCUUCAUCAAGAUCACAACAUGUUUACAAGAUAACAUUAGUUUCUGGAAUACCCAUGUAUGGUUAUCAUAACAGGAACCAUCAGUUUUUCAAAGUCUACCUUUACAAUCCAUUACUCUUACGUAAAGUUACCAGUUUGUUGAGAAACGAGUCCACCCUAGGAAAAUUAUACCAACCACAUGAGGCUCACUUGAGUUUCGUUUUACAAUUCAUGAUUGAUUACAAUCUUCAUGGCAUGAGCAACAUGGUAUUAUCGAAGAUAAGAUUCAGAGAAGAUCCUAACAGACCAAACCAAAACAUAGAUCCUGAUAUGUUUCUACCAGGAACAGUUAACAAAAUGACUGUAUGCGAACUUGAAGGGGAUUGCCUAGCAGAAGAUAUAUUGAAUAGAGAAGAAAUUGCGUCCGGAAAUAUUGCUGCAAAUCCAGGAAUUGCUGCACUGUGGGCUGAUGAGCAACAAAGAAGAAGGAAUAAAGGAGAAGAUUCACAAAUUGAACAUUUUCUUGAGUUGGAAAGGGUCGAUGUUGAACCAACUAAGUCACAUUUUAUCUACAAGCAGGCACUUAGAGAAAGACUUGCUGUUUUCUCAACAGAAAUGAAUGUUGUUGAUAAAAUGAAUGAUUCAGUUUAUCCUGCGGAAACACCUGAUGAUGCUAAUUUACGGAAUGCAUCGAUGGUUGAUUCCCAAACCCCUUCUAGCAGUUUGGAUGAAACCACCUUUGUCAGUGAUUUAGAUGAAACUAUCAGGCCAUUUCAAGAUUCGGAGGCCAAUAUGACUCUAGAUCAAGAUGCUUUGAACCUUCUGGAAUUAUUGAAUGAAUUAGAGAGUGCCAAAGAAGAUAUCGAAGAAGAUAGUAUACUAACACAAGUGGAAAAAGAAGAGGAAGAAGACAAUAAUUUGGAUUUGAGUAUGGCCAUGGAACCAAUGGUUACACCAAAGAAAAUAGAGGCAUCCAAAGAAGAUGAUAGUGAGGAUGGAAAUGAUUUGUGGAAAGAUACUAUUAUACCCCAACUAGAUGGAGAAAGUGGUAAUUUCAAGGUAGCCUCUCAUUCUUUCAAAUCUAGAAAGAAAUUUAAGAAUCUCCAUUUUAUUGAUAAACCCAUGAAAACCCAGAAAAAGGAGAUGGAAGCAAAGAAAAGACACAUAAAGAAAAUUUUGUAUGUAAAAUUGGUGAAAUGUGGUAGGAGUAUGCCGGAUCUGGAUGAAAUCUGGGAUGGAACUACAGAAAUCAUAGAACAAAAUCAUUUUAGAAAUUUCAAAGCUAAAAAGACAAAAACUGUCACAUUCAAAAGACCUAUAUCGUGCAUUAUUGGUGAUAAAAUAAGUCGAUCUAAUUGUAGAAAAAAGCGAAAAUUAACUAGGAAAGAAAAAAAGGAGAGGGAGUUGAGAAAAACUAAAGAAGAGAUUAAGAAACUUGGAAAUAGAAUAAAGAAGAUCAAUAGGCAAGACCAGAUAGCAGCUAUAAUGAAAAAGUUACAUGAGAAGGAAAAUGCUCUAUAUUUGCUACUGGCUAAAAAUAUCCAUCCCAAGUUCAGAGCUAUUCCCAAAAAUAAAGUUAAACCGCCGUAUCCUCUCAGGCAAAAUGGAAUAGAAAAUAAUUACUCUGAAGUGAAAAUCAUCAGUGACAUCAUCAAAAGGUCAGGAAACUAUGUAGAGCCUACAUUAUAUAUGAAAGUCAGAUAUCCUAACUACAACUUCUUUCUCUACAAUUUCAAUAAAAGAAUUAUACCUUCAGUAACCCGUAUCCCAAGGAAAUUGUGCAGCAGGAAUGAAGAUGCAUUGCAAAGGUUUAUGGAUGAGAAUGUGGAAUACAGAAGAAAAUCAAUUAUUAAUAAAGAAAUUACUAAAAAAAUAUUGAUAUUACCUCACAUUCCACUAGCAUUUACUGGAAGUGAAAACGUUCAUAAAUAUAUUGAUAAGAAUAUUGAGGAAAACGAGGAACUUAUACAGACUGCCGAUGUAUUGAAUAAAAAUGAGAACACUUUGGCUAAUAGCCUGAGGAUUAAUAAUCUGACAGGGAAUGAAAUAACUACGGUUAGGCAACAGUUUAUUGAUCAUCUUUCAGAAAGUAACGCAUUCAAUGAAAACCAUAAAGAAAAUAUUGGAAACAUAAGAAAAUCCCUUCGAAUAAAUUCUCCUGAAUAUAAAAAAUGUAGUUACAGAAAAUUGCUGGAGAUUAGGUCACCAAAUAUUCCGGAAAUAAAAAAUAUUAACAAGGAUCAGUGGACGAAAAAGGCCAAUUAUAGUAACCAGCUAUGUUCAGAUGGAACUGCAUAUCUCUAUUCAUCUGAUAGCAACUUAUCAAAGCAAAAAAAUAAAACUAGGACACAAUCAGGCAAUCGGACAUUAAAAGGCAUCUUACAAAUACAUCACAAUGGGAUUCUUGUUAAAAAUCAAUUCAUAAUCAACUCUCUAGAUGGUACAGUGGACACUUCCGAUGAUGAAAAGACAGAAAGCCAUUUGAGAAAAUCUGGAAACAGUUCAGGUGGUAUUGAAACGAGUCCAUCCAGAAGAUCAAAUCGAAUAAAAGCUCAUCUGCUAAAAUGUUCUUUGGACGGAGCAAUCGACUCGAGUUCAUCGGAAGAUGAAAAAAAAAGCACUAAACGUAGGAGAUAUCCAGCAUUGCCAAUUUCUAUCACCAAGUCUCCUAGUGCCCACUCAAAAGUACCAGCUGACACACAUCUGAUGUCAAUAAAAAACACAAAUUGCGAAGAAGAGACGUCUUCAAUAGUUCAAAUAACUUCAGUCUGUGAUUCUAAUGUUAAGCGUCAAUUAUUUACUGAUGACAUCUGUCUACAAUCCACAAUAAUUGAGGAACAUAAAGCUUGCAGCUAUUACCCUAGCUCCCGAGAAAAAAAUAUCCUGGAAAAUGUUGAAGAUGUAAGCAAAAAUGUUCAGAAUAAUAUUUCUGAUGAUAGUUCUGUAGAACAUUCACUUCCUGACGAUAAUUCGAGCAAUGAGAGUACGAUCCAUGCUGAUGACAACUUGAACCAAUCGUUUUUUUGUUCACAAGCGAUGAAUCUGAAUUUACUAACCACAGCCGAAAAGUAUGAUAAAGAAACUAAAUAUCAUGCCAAAGAGGGAACUUCUAAAGUAUUGACACCUAUAGAAUCAAAUUCAUUGUCUCAAAAUAGCCAGGUACUCAAUUGUUCUUCUGAAAGUUCAAGCUCUGGUCUUAUAACCCCUUAUCAACGAGUUAAAAAUGAACCUGGCACAUUAUUAGCUAAUAUUCCUGAGGAUAAUGAUGUUGAAGACCUUGAAAGCUCAAGUACUAUUUUUUCAUCUGAAAAUUGUGAUAUAUCAAGAAACGUUGAAUCUCAAUCAGAAAUUAGUUCUGAAUGUAUUGUCCUUGCUGCAAAGAAAAUAGCACCCUCUAGAAGAGAUGUUAUCGAUUCUCUUGAGGCACUUCAUAUACCUUUAGUUGAACAAAAAAAGCCAUUUUAUAGUAAAGUUGCAGAUGUCACUGGUAGUAUAGAAGUGGGAUUUGAUGUACUCAAAAUAAAUAGUGAAACUUCGACACACUUACCAGAAUUCGAAACACAGACUGAUAGUUUGAAUCGUUUGAGAAAAUAUACUCUAGAUAACUUGCCCUCCGGAAUCCACUGGAGAAAAAACAACAUUAAGAAUGUAAUACUUAGUUUUUGUAAGGAUAGAGAUUGCAUCAUUGAACCUGUAAAGAAACCUCCUACUGGUAAAAUGGUUUAUGAUUGGAUAAAUGAAAAACAGAGAAGUAGCAUCCGACAGACAUCAGAAGACAAAGUAAAAAUGCAUGUACCGUUGAAUCUUGGAGCUAAAGAUGAUGAGAGUGAUAUGGAUAUGUCACUUACACUCACCCCUUGUACCCCCAGAACCUCACAAAACUCUACAAAUCAAAGUACAAUAAUUUCGAAUACCCCAAAGUCUUCAAACACGUCAGAAGGCUGUUCUAGUCCUACCAUUGGAAAGAAGUUUAGGAAAAAAUAUAUGCGCAAAAAAAUAUCGAAUACUCUGAAUAGGCCACUUGUUCCUAGUCAAGAUUACUCUGUCAACCAAUCCUGUCAAAUAACGGGGGUUACGAUAUACAAUAGUUUCAACAGGUCCGCACAGAACCUUCAAGAUGCUCGUGCCAUCAUAGAACACCAAAAUUUGACAGUACUUGUCAUGGAAUUACACGUUAGAACUCGUGGUGAAUUCAAACCAGAUCCAAUCUAUGAUUCGAUAAGAGCAAUAUUUUAUUCAAUUCUUCAUGAUGUACCUGAACCUAAAACAAAACCAUCCAAUUGUAAUGGAGUAAUAGCUAUCAACACUUUACCCUUAAGUCCUAAUGCUGAUAAAUUACCAAUACUCAAUGGGAUUGGAGUAGAUUGUGACAUAGCUUAUGUAGAUUCAGAAGAAAACCUGAUCAAAGAACUCUUGAAGCUUAUGACAUAUUGGGAUCCCGAUAUAUUGACAGGUUAUGAGGUAGAAUUAUUAUCAUGGGGGUAUAUUAUUGAGCGAGCCAAUGUCAUAGGGAUAAACCUACAACCUCUACUGGGUAGAACAAAAAUCCACAGUCUGAGAUGGAAGGAUGAAGAUGCACCAAAUGAACUCAAGAUUAUAGGUCGAAUCGUUCUGGAUGUAUGGCGAUUGAUGAGACAUGAAAUAGCUUUGCAAAGUUAUACUUUUGAAUCAGUUAUGUCUCGUAUUUUAAAUCGAAGAAUUCCACAUUAUCCAUUUAAGGAUUUGUCGUUUUGGUGGGAUCAUCGAACAAAUUUGUAUAGGCAUAGAACCGUGAAGUACUAUUUGACAAGAGUUGAUGGCAUUUUGGAGCUUUUUGAGAAGCUGGAUAUUCUUGGAAGAACAAGUGAAUUGGCUAGGUUAUUUGGUAUACAAUUCUAUGAAGUUUUAUCUAGAGGUACUCAGUUCAGAGUGGAGUCCAUGAUGCUUCGCCUAGCAAAGCCACUUAACUUCAUUCCUGUUUCUCCUACUAUUGAACAAAGGGCCAAAAUGAAAGCUCCAGAAUAUAUUGCUUUAGUCCUAGAGCCCGAGUCUAAGCUAUAUAAUGAUCCCGUAAUUGUUCUGGAUUUCCAAAGUCUGUAUCCUUCAAUCAUAAUUGCUUACAACUAUUGUUUCACAACCUGUGUCGGAAGGGUGGAUCGUUUGGGGAAAAAUGGACCCUUUGAGUUUGGUGCCACACAGCUGAAAGUGUCGAGAAAGAGAUUGCAGAAACUUGUUGACAGGGAUUUGUUGAAUUUUGCUCCGUGUGGAGUAGGGUAUGUCAAGAAAGAAGUAAGAGAUGGGAUAAUGCCAAGAAUGUUGAGAGAAAUCUUAGAUACUAGGCUUAUGGUCAAGAAUGCUAUGAAAGAAAAUAAGGAUGAUAAGGUGUUGCAGAGAGUACUUCAUAAUCGACAACUAGGUCUCAAGUUAAUCGCUAACGUUACAUAUGGUUAUACGGCAGCUAAUUUUAGUGGGAGGAUGCCUUCAGUUGAAGUCGGAGAUAGUGUAGUUAGUAAAGGAAGAGAAACCCUCCAAAGAGCCAUCGAAAUGGUUGAAAACACUCCCGAAUGGGGUGCCAGAGUGGUGUACGGCGACACCGAUUCUUUAUUCGUGAUCGUUCCCGGAAAAACGAAAGAACACGCCUUCAGUGUGGGUAAAAAAAUUGCCGAAGCCGUCACCAAUGCCAACCCAGAUCCCAUCAAAUUGAAAUUGGAGAAGGUUUACCAACCUUGCAUAUUGCAAACUAAAAAACGGUAUGUCGGGUAUAUGUAUGAGAGCCCUGAUCAGAAAGAACCUGUUUAUGAAGCCAAGGGCAUUGAAACUGUUCGAAGGGAUGGAUGUCCAGCAGUGAGUAAGAUGCUUGAGAAAUGUCUAAGAAUACUGUUCGAAACCAAAGAUAUCAGUCAAGCCAAGAAAUACGUUUUGAGACAGUUUGACAAGAUUAUUGCUGGUCGAGCCAGUAUUCAAGACUUGAUAUUUGCUAAAGAAUAUCGUGGUGCAGCUGGAUAUCGUCCUGGAGCAUGUGUACCAGCGUUAGAACUCACCAGAAAAUGGACUGCUGUGGACAAACGAAACGAGCCAAGAAGUGGCGAACGAGUACCGUACAUCAUAGUGAAUGGUCCACCUGGCUUACCUCUCAUCCGAUUAGUACGCAGUCCUAGAGACUUACUUCAGAAUCCUUCUCUGAGGCCAAACGCCAUCUACUACAUUACGAGAGUUAUUAUACCACCCAUAAACAGGUGUUUCAAUUUGAUUGGAGCUGAUCUCAACUCUUGGUUCAAUCAGAUGCCCAGGAAAGUUACUCAGAAUCUAGCCGGCUCAGUUUCUCCUAAAAGAAAAAGCACCAUAUCCCAGUACUUCUUGACAAAUUCUUGUGCAGCUUGUGGUGAUCAAACUCAAACCGGUAUCUGUCUGAAUUGUUGCAAUGAUUCCCAAAAAACGAGCAUUAUUCUUAUGGAAAAGAUGAGGAUGUGGGAAAGGAACCAUCAAAACAUUAUUUUAGUAUGUCAGUCUUGUACCUCAACUCUAACUGAAGUCAAAUGUGAUUCUCUGGAUUGUCCAAUUCUGUAUCGUAGGGUUCAAACAGGUCGUGAUGCUCAACAAGUUCCUUAUAUAAGGGAGUUGUCACUAUCAAGUGAUUUAUUAUUUUAGUUUUUUUAUGCUCGUUAGUUUAGGAUUUUUGAUGUUGAGUUUUUUUUAUGAUCAUUUUGCUUUAUAUUUUUAGUUGUUAUAGUACUAUUUCAUUACUGUGAUAGUUACCAGUUUUAGAAAGUUACCAGUCUUUCUUUUUAAAGUAUUUUUGAGAUAAGUUUUUCAACAAAUUAGGUUGAUAUUUCAAAGAAUUUGUUACUUUCAUGCGUAUAGAAUGCGUGUUUUUUAAGAUUCCAUAUUUUAUGAAGUUUUAAUUAUUUUUAAAAUGUGUUAUUGUUAUCCCUAAGUAUAGUCAUAAGAUUAAUGUUGAUAGUGGCUGGCCCAAUAAUUUCUUCGAAUAUUUUCCACGUCAAUAAUUCAAACAUUGGAUAUUUUGAAUACAUUUUCAGAGCUGAGAUUUGAUGUCGGUUGAUCCAAUCAAAUGUCAGAUAAUGUAUUAUCUUUUCUCGCCAGAUUGAAUGAUGGAAUUUCUUCUUUUUAGUCGGGAUUUUAUUGUUUUGUUAUUCUUAUUAUUAUUAUUAUGUUAAGUUUUUCAAAUUGAUGAGAAUGAUGCAUGCCAUAGUGAAAUUUGUCUCAAUAGUGAUUUAUUUCACUUUUGUAAAUCAAAACAAUGUCAAUAUAUUUUUGCAAUUAAGUAUAUAACUUUAU